CAAAUAAAAAUAAAUAACAAGUUGACCCUGACAAAACGUUGACGUUGAAUUAAUAACAAUUAACAAUUACUUGUAAACAAAUAUAAAUUGUAUUUAAAGUAAAACAUUGAUCUCCAAUAUUCCAGUAAUCAUGGAUAUUUGUCCGAAUAAUACAAUAUACAUUAAUAAUUUAAACGAGAAAAUAAAAAAAGAAGAAUUAAAAAAAUCACUUUAUGCAAUACAAUAUUGUUGCAAUAUAGAAAUGCGUGGUCAAGCAUUUGUUAUAUUCAAUGAAAUAUCAAGUGCAACAAAUGCUACAAAGUUGAUAAAUUUAAUAUUAUUUUGACGAUAUAAUAAUUCAUUUGGUUUUUUUUUUUUCAAGUUAAGUGAAAAUAAAAUAUGGAGACUAAUCCAAGUAAGAUGAAUGAGAAGACUGCAGAUUUAAGUCCUACCGAAUGGUUUGAAAAAUUCAGGUCAAUUUCAAAAGAAGAACUUGAGUUAUCAACAAAACCUCCACACUCUGCAGUAUUAAUAUCUAUAGAUGAUUAUAAUAAUGAAAAUGAAUAUGAAAAAAAACUAAAAGCAGAGAGUGAUUUGCGUAUGAUUCGCAUGGCUCCUCUAUUUGUUAGUCAACCACGACUCGAAAAAAUAUGUAAAGAUAGGGGGAAUCAGUUUCUUUCUUCAUGCUUUACAAGAUAUACAUUUAAUAGCAAAAGAAAUGAUUCAGUUAAUGAAAUACGUGAAAAAGCAAAUGAUCUAGAGUACCUACUUAAUCUCUGUGGAAGUAAUUUAACUUGUCUAAAUGUAAAACAAUAUCCUACUUCUCAAAUAAUGCCAAUAAUCAAUGCUAAUUGUUCAAAUCUUGAGUCUCUUUAUGCAAGAUUCAAAGAAAUAAUGAGUCAAGAUUUUGAAAAUUGUUUUUCUAAUAUGUCUCAGCUUAAAUAUCUAACGAUUCACUGGGAAUGUGAAAAUUCAACUCUACUAAUGACUCUAGUCAAGUCAUUGGAACAAAUUGGUGGAACCUUGAAAAGUUUAGAAUUUGCAUGUACUUUAGAAAUAAAUAAAAUUUUUUUACCAGAUCCAUUGGCUUCGGUACUUCCUCGACUAACCGCUUUGAAUCGCUUAGUAAUAAGUAAUGUUGAACUAAGUCAACUAUUACUCCAGUCGAUAGGUGAAAUUAAAAAUUUGACUGAUCUAAUGCUAAUGUCUUCUCGGUCGAAAAAUCAUCCAAUCCUUGAUACAAGAAUCAAUAUGUAUCCAAUUGGGUAUUUGAAAAAUCUCGAGAAGUUAUAUAUUCUUAGUGAUUAUGGUGUUAGAGAUGAAUUUUUGAUUAAUCUUUGUAAUAAUGCUAAAAGAUUAAGGAUUUUAAAUAUAACUGGCACAAAUAUAAGUGAUAUUGGUAUGCGUGCAAUUAAUGAAUUAGAACAAUUAGAAGAAUUCGAUCUUGGUUUAAUUGAUUGUGAUCCGCUAUUAGGAAAAAAUCAAUUUAUCACUGAUGAAUCGAUUCAAUGUUUAUUCAAUCAAAAAUUGAUCAUCUUGAAUAUAGCAAAUUGCAUCAAUAUCACUGAUAAAGGGGUAUUUAAAGUUGUUGAAAAUUUACCAAAUUUAAAAUGUUUACAUAUUCAAAAUACAAAGGUAACUCUAAGAGCUGUCGAAAAAAUACGUGAAUCAACAAAACAUUGUCAAAAACCACUAAUGGUAUAUGCAAAUAUUAAAAUUUGGUAAUUGAUUAUUCUCAAAUCAUCAUAAUGGAGUAUUCAACUUAUUUUUUAAAGAGUUAUUUUGUUA